CGUAUAUUGCCUAACAUCCGUUAUCUCGGUCUCGAGCUUUGAACGUGAGGCAGAGAAACACCCGCCCCCGUGUUCACGCAGAGCCGCGCCGCACAGGCAUCCCAUCACACUCCACUCAGAGAAAACGGUGAUCUGAUAGCGCUUCAUUCCUGCUGUACAGAUACAUUUUGGGUGUCAAACAUGCUUGCAACCGUGAUGAAACAAUUGAAAAGCCAUCCGGCGCUAAUUCCUCUUUUUAUUUUCAUCGGUGGUGGAGCGACCAUGUCUAUGCUAUACCUGGGCCGCCUUGCACUAAAAAACCCUGACUGCUCAUGGGAUCGCAAGAACAACCCAGAGCCAUGGAACAAACUGGGGCCUAAUGACCAGUACAAGCUCUUCUCAGUCAACAUGGACUACUCGAAGCUGAAGAAGGACAGGCCUGACUUCUAAGCAGAACCCAGUGAAUCAGCUGGCUGAGUAAACUAUGUGUGGCUAUUUAAAGGAACGCUCCACUUUUUUUCGGAAAUAGGCUCGAUUUACAACUCCCCUGGAGUGAAACAGUUGAGUUUUAUGCUUUUUGGAUCCAUUCAGAUGAUCUCCAGCUCCGGUGGGAGCACAUUUAGCUCUUUUAUUUAAAUAUUGACUCUUCUGUAGUUAAAUUGUGUGCUGACUAAGACUGACGGAAAAUGAAAAGUUGCUAUUUUUCAAGGAUGACAUGUCUAGGAACUAUACUCUUAUUUUGGUGUAAUAAUCAAGGAACUACGCUGCAGUGCCAUGGCUACAGCUGGCACAUAUUACACAAAUUCUAAAUGGUGUAGGGAUUUGUGCUGCAGACUAUUUUGGGUCACUGUGUAAUAUCACUGGUCUUUAGUCAUUUUUGAGCGAGAUGCUAAUGGUCUAAUCCGAUUCAAUUUAUGCUAAGCUAAGCUAAAAAGUGCUUCAGCCACACCGAGAGAUCGGCUGAAUAGAUUAAAAAAUGGUAAAACUCAAUUGUAGAGGAGUGAAAGAAGUGUAGCGUUCCUUUAACACCACAUCAGACACCGCAACUCUUCUGUGAAUGUGAAUCUCUGGUUUAAAAUGCUUAAGAAACCGAAGCUAUAUAAUAUAUAAUUAGCUAUAUAAUCUUAAUGUCUAUCUUUAAUCGGAAAUAAUAUUUUGUACAGAUAUGGACAGCUCUAUCAAUAUCAAUUAUAUACCGGUUAUCCAAAUAAACAAGAAAUACAGCAAUAAUAGAA